AGAUUCCCAUCCAGACCAGACCUCAGGCGCACGAGUCGAGAUCGCGCGACCACGUCCGGACUCCGGACUCUGUCUCCACCCAGAGAGAGAGGGAGAACGAGGGAGAGUUCCCCACCGAGACCCUAGGUCGGGCGAGCAGGGCAGCGCUCAACGGCGUGCCGCAAGGGGGUAGCGCUUGGGUGCGGCGAGGCGAGGCCGACUGACGGAGGAGUGGCGCUGAGAAGUGGAACCUCCUCUGAAGCUUGGAGUUGUGAGGCGGGCGCGACUCUCUGAGAUUUGCAGCACGAGAAGCAGAGAGAAGAAAUGGGUUGGGGGAUAUCCAGGUUGAUUGGGCUGAAGGCUGCUGUCUUGCUUUCUGUGGCGUAUUUUUUCCAGGGACUAGGAAUGACACUUGUCUCUUUUCCCCUCAUUUACACAUCUAUGGUUGCAAUGCUAAUCUCGAUGGCUUCCCACCCAGCGGUUGAUCUCCCUUUACUCCUAGGCAAGGCAUCCGAUGGAAGCUUUCCCUUGUGGUCAUGGAUCAUGUUCUCGCCAUUUCUUCUUUUCAUCCACCUGUUUGUGUUGCUACGGAGAUUUGUGAAAAAUGAGCCCUUGUACACUGAGAUAGCAGAUGGAUUAUUUGUUGGAGGAUGGCCUUCUUCAGUUGAACAUCUGCCACCAGGUGACCCUGCCGUCAUAGAUUGCACAUGCGAGCUGCCAAAAAGCUCAACCCUAUCUAAUAAUGCAUAUUUGUGUGUUGCUACCUGGGAUACAAGGGCUCCUCAGCCAUCACAGAUUGAGUCUGCGGUGCGAUGGGCUGUGAGAAAGCGGUCUCAGAACAAACCUAUAUAUGUCCACUGUGCCUAUGGCCAUGGCAGAAGCGUCUGUGUGAUGUGCGCACUUCUUGUCGCACUAGGAUUAGCUGAAGAUUGGAAAGCUGCUGAGCAAAUGAUUUGUGAGAAGCGACCUUCUAUUAGCAUGAACACUCUUCAUCGUAAAAGCUUGGAGGAAUGGUCAAAACAUUUGCUCCCUUCCUCAAAAAGAAGUGGGGAAUCAGAUGCGAGUUCUGUUAUUCAUUCGGAUUAUAACCGAAAGAGAAAUUGAACCGCGAGAAAAAGAUUUGUCAGUAACUGCGAUAUGUAAGAUGGAGUUCAUCAUUUGAUACUGCCUACUGCUGCCCUAGUAAAUGUCCAUGGAUCAUUCUCUAAGUAUCUUUUUGCUGGAGUAGUAUGUUGUAUGAAGUAUAUGUACUAAACUCCACUACUGUAGCUUGCACUGCUAGUUGUUUAAGGAAUAUUUACUGAUCCUGCCCCUCAUUGAAUGCAUGCCAGGGAAGUGCUGUUGUCUGA